UGAUUAGCUGAUCCAUCAGCAUGUUUAUUCUGAUUGGGUAAUUUUUUACUGUCAGUAUACUGUCAGCAACUCCCGAAAACACCCAUUGUAAAUUAACCAUAUAGUGAAUUGUUUUUCUGUUGCACUGCUCAGUACUAAUAUAUAUUUCUAUAGAUAUUUCCAGAAAAUUAUUAUUUUAGACCAUGUUUUGAUCUUGAUUUUUUAUCCUACUUUUAAAUAUAGUGAAAAUUUUAAAUGUAAACAAACUUUUUUACACUAUACAUAUAUAUAUAUAUAUAUAUAUAGAUAUAUAUUUAUAUAAUUAAUUACUUCACGACAAUACAUUAGGUAAAUAAACAUUUAAAUUUCUUCAAGUGCUACAAGAAUUUAAGUUUAUGGAAUGUUUAUGACGGUUGAUUUAAUAUGGUACUACUACGUAGUUUAUUUCUCCAAAUAAAAUUAAUUUAUCUUCUACUUUUAAUAACUCAUUCGGAAUCAUUUGCACGGCAAACAGAAUGUUCAAUUGAAGGAAAAUACAAAUUUUGUUCUUUGGAGCAGGAAGAGAUUUGUCAUCCUCUUAAUAAAUCUACUGGUAUGAAAAUAGAUACUUUUGACGGUUCAGCUUAUAUUAUUAGACCUUAUACGAUGAAAAUCUCCCACAGUGGUAAACAAUGUAAAUUUACAAUUAAAACAAAACACAAAGACAUGGGAUUAUUUGCUGUAAUUCAAGAAAUAAAUUUUCGAACUACUAAAGACGGAGAUUGUAAAGAUUAUGUAAAGUUUAAGAGUAAAGACAUAGAUAAAUGGUCACAAAAAUGGUGUGGCACAAUGAAUCGUCAAAAAAGUGAAUCAGAAAUAUCAAAUCAAUAUUAUUCAGAAUUUGACCCUCAAGGAAAGCUAGAAACUUAUAUUUUUAUUUCUGAUGAGCCAAUAAUAAAUGAAGAUCUCAAGUUGUCCAUCGUCUACACUCCGAAUAUCAAAUGUUCGAAAGUGGAUCGAAAAAACUUCCGUCAAGUGACACACGAAAUUUGCAUUUGGAAGGAUUAUAUUUGUGAUGGAUAUCAAAAUUGUGCCAUAGAUGGCUGUGAUGACGAGAAGGAAUGUGUUCGAAGUAUAGAAAAUGAUGGCACAGGAACGAAAGUUACCGUUGGUGCCGUAACAACAAUAUUUCUAUGCUUUAUUCUCUUUGUUACAUGCCUUUGGAUAUGUAAGAAGCACAAAAAGUUAUGUUGGUCUUCAGAUUGCGCUGGACCAAAUGUGAACACACCUAAUUCAACUGUAGAUAAUGAUAGAAUACCUCCUGCACCAACAGCUCCUAUGCUACAAUCAUCAGUGUCUUCUGGAGUCCAAGAUAAAGAUUUGCCGCCAAGUUAUGAUUCACUUUUUCCACAACAGUCUAAUACUGCGAUUUUGUAAUUAAACUCAACAAUUCUGUCGGAAUAUCCUUCGAAACUAAUUUAUUACGUUUCCAUACUUUCUGAACACUCUGUAUAUCUCGAUUUUUUAAAUAUUAUUUUUAAAAUAUUCCUUGAAAAAUUUAUUUAUAUCGAUAACACUGCUUAUACGAAUUCAAAAAUACUACGUAAUCUUUUUACGCAUAUUUUAAUUCGCUUUUUUCUGUUUUCGUAAGUAAUCUUCCAGAAGAUUAAACGCUGUAUAAUUAUAAUCAGACUUCUUAAAUUGAGAAGUUAUCUUCUCAAGGCCGAAACUUAAUUUCUAUUUUGUAAUUUAUUAUUAAUAGACAAACUUUUAGAAUUAAGAAUGUAUGGUUGUGGUCGAAAAUUAAGUGAAUGGAUGUGCGUAGUAUUAGAGUAUUUUUGUACAUAUACAAUUAUUUUUUUCAAAGCAGCCUUUUUGUAUCAAACAUACAACUUAAGUAACUUAUUAGAUUUUGUAAAAGAAGAAAUAAAGGGCAAGAUAAAUUAA